AGAAAAGGUAUCGAGUAUUUAUUAAUAUUCGCUAGCAUCGUUUCGCCACUACUUAUAAACUUGUUUGUAUAAGCGUAAAAAUUCAUAAUUUCUUAAUACGACUAAGAAUAUGUCACUGAUGCCGGGACCAUUGGCGCAGAAUGCUAUCGAACCGAUGCAAGUGGACGCACCCAUCGAAGACAAUGACAACAAUGAGGAACAGCAGCUGAUUGUUGAGAAUCCUUCACUUGAUCUCGAAGUGUAUGCAAAUUCGUAUACGGGGUUGGCUACGUUAUACCGUCUAAAAUUUGUGGCCGAUGUGUGCCCAACACUUCGUGUCGAGGCUCUAAAGAUGGCUAUUAAACAUGUAAUGACAACUUACAAUGUUAGCAUGUACCAGUCUCUGCACAAAAAAUUAUCAGAACUAAGUGCUGGUGGCUCUGGUCAAGCUAGCGGAGCUGCUGGCUUACCUGAUGUUGCUGCUCAAUCGGCUGCGCAAGCUGGUGGGGCUGUCGGUGGUGUAGAUGGGUUAGACUUGCCAACUUUCGAUAGCACUUGGGUUGAAACAAAGACCAAACAAGCUGCAUUCAAUUUGGAAAAAUUAGACUCGGAUUUAAAAAAUUAUAAAUCAAAUUCGAUCAAGGAGAGCAUUCGACGUGGCCAUGAUGACUUGGGCGAUCACUAUUUGACCUGUGGGGAUCUCACCAAUGCGCUAAAAUGCUAUUCGCGUGCACGCGACUAUUGCACAAGCGGCAAACAUGUGAUCAAUAUGUGUCUGAACGUGAUUAAAGUGUCGUUGUACUUACAGAACUGGGCGCAUGUGCUUAGCUAUGUCAACAAAGCAGAGAGCACACCUGAUUUCAUGGAGGGUCCAAAAGAAGCCAACUUGUCCGUUGCAACGCGUCUUAAGUGCGCUGCAGGCCUUGCCGAAUUGCAGACAAGAAAAUACAAAUCAGCAGCCAAGAAAUUUUUGCAAGCCAGCUUCGAUCACUGCGAGUUUCCAGAGAUGCUCUCUCAAAACAAUAUUGCUACUUAUGGUGGACUUUGUGCACUAGCCACUUUUGAUCGCCAAGAGCUGCAAAGAAAUGUAAUAUCGUCGAGCUCGUUCAAGUUGUUUCUCGAAUUAGAGCCACAACUGCGUGAUAUAAUUUUUAAAUUCUACGAAUCGAAAUACGCGUCCUGCCUGAAGUUACUCGAUGAUAUUCGCGAUAAUUUGUUGCUAGAUAUGUACAUAGCACCACACGUUAACACACUCUACACAAAGAUACGAAAUCGCGCGCUAAUUCAAUACUUUAGUCCUUAUUUAUCGGCCGAUAUGCGUAAAAUGGCUACCGCUUUUAACCGCAGUGUGCCCGCUUUGGAAAACGAGGUUAUGCAACUUAUUUUAGAUGGCCAAAUACAGGCGCGUAUUGAUUCCCAAAACAAAAUACUGUGCGCCAAAGAAGCUGAUCAGCGUAACAGCACUUUUGAGCGUGCCAUUAGUAUGAGUAGGGAAUAUCAAAGGCGUUUGCGUAUGUCCAUUUUGCGUGUAGCAAUGCUUAGCAGCCACAUUCAAGUCAAGAAUGUUCCACGCGACUCUGGCAAUCAUGGUACGGAUUUCUGUGUGACUCCUGGAUCGAGCACUACCGCCGCCGUUAGAAACUGAAUUAUUUGCUACGUUUCAGAUGACUAAAUUUGAACUCAACUAACACAUUAUUAUAAUUAAUAUUUCAUUCAUUAAAAAUUCUGAAUAUACGGUUCUUAUUUUAUUUCAA